AUGAAGGACUUUAUCCAGGGGACCUUCGUUUUGGAGGAUCGUUCGACAUCGACACAAAGAAUAACACGGAGUAAGGCCAGAGUUAAUCUGUGUAACGAGACCCCGGAAAUUAUGCGCCUGUUGUUGAAGACACCCGUAAACAGAAGUCACUUAAGGACUCUCGAGGCACAAGAGAGAGGAAGCGCAACAGGAAAGACCGCAAUAAAAGGGUCGCCAGAGCCCGAAGGCGGAAGAUUUCAGACUCGCAAGUCGAAACAUAAGAACUGAAAGGAAUGUGGCAGAUAACGCUCGAUAAGAACGGUCCCCAGUCAGUACGCGCAUUUUCUGAGCCUAAUUUAGAGGGUAUGUCAACCAGCGUAAGAAUAUAUAACUAGACCCAGGGUGGAAGUAUCUGGACUUACGAAUCCCUGUCAACCGAAUUGAAGCCCGACUUACAUCGACAGCGCAGCAGUCUACCGCGAGCCCGCUACAACGGAGCACUAGUGUCAGCCAGCGACGGCCAAUCAGCAGAAAACAGGGGCUUGCCCAGCCAGUGCAUCAUAAUCUAGGGCCUUUCAAAGUCCCAUGCCUCAUGUUAGAAUACGCCCUGUGCUCGUUGCCUGACUAGUCGCCUAAUCUUCAACAAAACACUACUGCAGCGAUUUUGAGCAAACAGAAAAUGAACUUCGUUUCACCGUCUGGGCAUUUACACUCUUCAGCUAUAUCAACGAGGUUUGUGGCCAUUUAAAGGUAUAGUACGCAACCUCCUCCCCAGCCACAGCCUAGUCAUGCUAAAAAGGUAGCGAACAAACCUCGUUGGCUGACUCAAUGCUUUAAAAAGUAAGUCGAUAACAGGAAAGUGGGAAAGACCCUGCACUGAUAGGACAACUGAAUUACCAAACAUAUACAAGUCGCAGCGAAAUGGGGUCAAAAGUCUCAUCGGCAGAGGUCAGUGAGUCUUCGGAUAGGACCUCUUGGGCCGUGCCAUGGUUAAUCGCAGUCAUUCAAAGUUACAUAAGGCAUAGUAUGUAUUAUAAUUAACCUAUUCCAUUGUUGUGAACUGCCGAUGGUGCGGAAAUCUCCAAGCCAAGAAUAAGGCUGCGCAUCUCCGAGUUCUUACGGUCCAUCUUUACAGGUGAACCUGACUUUUUCCAACCCACUCGCGAAGAAGAGGAAAUAUCUAUUAUCGCGGCAGUCCUCAUCCCCGGAGAAACCUUUCAGGAAGAGUUGCUAAGCUUGGAAGAAUCGACUUCCCCAGACCCCGAUAAAAUUCCGGCCAAUCUGUUGAAGGAGCUCGUUUCUGAAAUGGCCAAGUCGCCAACUUUGCUCCUCCAAUCGUCACUUGUCACUGGGUGCCUUCCCUUCGAUUGUAAAUACGCAACCAUCAUUCCGCUAUUUAAGAUUAUAAGCCGAUUAUCUACAGGUCGGCGAGUCUUGCCUCCAUUUGUCGCAACAUCAUGGAGAAAAUAAUUAAGAAAUCUCUGAUACAGUUUCUCAAGCAGAACGACCUCUCCGAUGACCAACAGGACUUUCACCAUGGUAAGGGCUGUGGUAUGCAUCUGCUCUUUUCAAUUGAACGCUGGACCAAAACACGCAAUGAAGACACUAUGGUGCACGCCAUCUACAUGGACCCAAAAAAGCCUUCAGCAGCCUUCUACACCAACGCCUCCAGCAAAAACCGUGCAGCGUAG